AUUCACUUGCCUCUUACUUGUCCGUGUUGAUCUCCCACAGUAAGCGUUCGAGACUGCUGUGAGAAAAGGGAACUUUCUACGCAUACUUGUCUUCAAAAAGGAAUACGUUUUGUAAAAUGCGCCACCUCCUCCUGUCAGGACUCCUCGUGGUCGACCUCCUCCUGUUGGCGGAGUCCUUCAUCCUUCCCCCUGGCUACGUCACCCCGCUCUUCCCGAAUCUUCCUGUCCCUGUUCUUCCUACGCUCGGGGUGAUUCAAGCCAGCGGACUGAUGCCUCUGUUGGUGUCUACGCUGAACGCUGUACAGGCCGCCACCAUUAUAGUUCUCUUCGCGACCGGGGGCUACAGGCGCAAGAGAAGUUCCAGCUCAGAAGGAUCAGCGAAUCCCGAAUCCCUCCUGCUCGCCGCUGUCGGCCGCCUGGACACUCACGGCUGCGUCCUCAAGUUGCUGUGUCAGCUGGAGGCCGAAUCCCCCGACGCGCUCUCGCCCGAGGAAAGGAUCUUCGCGGCUGUGUUCGCCGACCGCCUCGAGCUCUUCGCCAAGGACAGCGGCGCCGCGGAGGAACAUGCAGGCGAUGGCCAAGUGUGUGAGGCGUCAGGCGAUCGGUGUCCGCUCGAGGGCGAUCUCUUGAGAGGCUUGCUGCGUAGGGUUUGGAGUAGCUAUUCUGGGUGAAGGUUCAUCUUGCCAACAACAAUCAUAUCGCACCCACAAAUGCACAUAUACAUACAUACAUACAUACAUACAUUGCAUGGUAAGCCUUGGUGUGUGUGUGUGUGUGCAUUUUGUAUU